CGCGCGCGCCUCCUCCACUUCGCCGUCGAGGUCAUUUGUCGGCGCGGCGAGCAGCACGAGGAGGAGGAGGAAGACGACGACGAGAAAGAUGCUGGCCGCACGUAUGCUGAGUUUGAUGGGACGGAGGGCGCUCGCCACCACGGCGGCGCGGCACGGCCACGCGGUGGUUGCAAAGCCCGAGGAGUGGAGCCUGCCCCAGUACACGGACCGCAUGGACGUGCCGCUGCCCGACAUCCCCUACGUGCGCGACCUCGCGUCGCAUCAGCUCGCGCUCAAGGAGAAGGAGAAGGGACCCUGGACGGCGCUCAGCCAAGCCGAGAAGCUGGCGCUGUACCGCAUCAUGUUCAACAAGACGUACGCGGAGAUGGAUCAGCCCUCGCACGAGUGGAAGACUGUGCUUGGAGCGGUGUUCUUCUUCUUCGGAUUCACGGGACUGCUCAUCAUCUGGCAGCGCCACUACGUGUUCGGGCCGGUGCCGCACACGCUGUCCGAGGAGUGGGUUGCGAUGCAGACCAAGAGGAUGCUGGACAUGCGCGUCAACCCUGUGGAGGGCUUCUCCUCCCAGUGGGACUACGAGAAGAACGAGUGGAAGAAGUGAAUUGUCGACGGCGUCGCCAACACCACCACCACCAACACCACCCGCUCGCCAAACUCGGCGUGCGUGCGAGUGUGCGUGCGUGUACGGGUAUCCCAUCUGUCACACCCACUGCUAAAAGCGGACUUGGCCUUGCGUCAUGCCGGAGAGAUGGUGGGCUUCUUCUCUGAGCUUCUUCUUUGGGCUUCUCCAGGCCCUCCUCCCCCCCCCCCUCCUCUACCAUCCACGGAGACAAAACAUUUGCCGCGCUUUAAACGGAGCUGCGCUCACGCACGCUCACUUUCCUUAACGCGCACGGGGUGGUGCACUGAUUGCCACCUCCGUGAUGAGCACGCGGACUAUUGGGUGAUGCCGCUGCAUUUUCCCAAAAAGGGUUGUUGCACUGUUGGCCACAGCUUCCAGGUUGCAUGUUAACCACGGCAUUAAAUUGGCGAAUUUGCCGGAUAUAAAUAUUUGAAUGAUUUGCCCCUGGAGUUAGCCCUUGGCACAAUUUGUCGAGUUAAUUUUAUUUAGCUUUGCACUUAUGGCGAAGGUGACAAAUCGUAAACGUUUAAUACUGUACACGUCAAGCUAACGCGGAUAAUUUGUUUUAGCUCGCUUGCUUGCUACACUUUCCGCCACGAAACAGCCAUAUACAAUUGGUGUAACCGAAAGUUGACGACGUAUUUAUCAACUCCGGUUGUCUUGUGCCGGCAAAAAACAUUUCGUGGUGUGCAAUGUCUCUCAUGGGGGGUGGGGGGGGGGGGUCGGUCUGGAAAAGUCCAUCCCUCCCAGGGACGAUCCUGCACACACACACACACCUGUGUGCGGGGGUGACCACAUUGCGGUGUGUGCGCGUGCGUCCCUUCAUGAUUGGUACACGACCAUAGGGGCCAAGUCCGCUUCUGCCCACUCUUCAGAUCGGGAACCGUUAACAGAUGUAAUAUCUAAAUGAAGAAUUUGUGAAUAAAGCAUAGCCCUUACAAUGAA